UGCAAUAAACAGUACCAGACCUGAGUCUUUCACUAAUGAGGAAGAAAUGGCAGCAAGACGGGAGUUUGACCAAAAACCAAACAAAAAUCAAAAGACAAAUUUUCAAAAGCAAACUGGUGUAAAGGGUAUCCAUCCACUUACUUCACUACCAUAUUUUGAUAGACUUAAACAGAUGCAGACUGAUGGCAUGCACACUAUCUCUGAUGUCAUCAGCAACAUCCUAGACUUGAUAAGUGGCAAGACAGACACCAUUAAAGUUCGUAACUGUGAGAAACAAUACCAACGAUUUGAAGAGACAUGGCCAAAUAUGAAGAGAAAGGCACCAGAUGCACCUUGUGUCAAUCCAUCAAAGCAGCGCAAGAAAACUCAACUGCCAAAACCCAAAUCUACUCCCACUAGUCUUGAAGAGGCACCUACAAUACCAGAGGCACCAUGGUCACUUUCCAAAUUAAAAAUUAAGGUUGCAGACAAAAGAGCUGGUUCAAUAGAAUACCCAAAAGGUUUUGACUACACUCCAGCUGAUCACUUCACCCGACAAUGGACUCUGAGAACCAUGCAUGGAAAGCAACAAUUUGUGACCUACAAUGUAGCUGCCUGGUGUUUGAGAGGACUACUUGGACAUCAACAGGAACAAACCCUUUUCCAACUGUUUACUGUUCUUAGUCGACUGGUUAAACCAACCUUCAUGAAAGAUGAAAUACCAUCAUUGAUAGCAGACACUCAUCUUGCUGUGGCAUUGCUUGAAAGGGAUUUUCCACUCACUUUACAGAACUUGACCACCCACUUACUUCAUCACAUUCCUGAAGGCUAUAAUGAUUUUGGGCCAUUGUACGACAGAUGGUUGUAUCCAUUAGAAAGAGCCAAUAGUUGGAUUACAAGACAGAUCGUGCAACAUGGUCAUGAGGAGUCAACAGUUAUGCAAACAUAUCGUAUUUAUGAUUGGAGUGUGUUUAAUUUAUUAAGCGGUACAGUUAAACAAGAAACAACUGAUAGGCAGACAUCACUUCGACGAAUUGUCAAGAAGAUAUGCAAUUCAGAAGAAGACUUGCUAAAAACCAACAAACAUUCAAGUAAGACAAUGCUUCCAACUGAUCACAUCAAAAUAAUCAAGGAAAGGUAUUGCAAAAUAUUCAGCAAUUCUGACAUUGAAAUGUGCGACAUUGAUCCAGUUGUAGAAUCAAUACAAACAACAACAAGAUACGACAAAACCAAAAGAAAGGACAUUUUCUUUGCCACAGAGUCCCAUCAAAUUUCAGCAAGAUCAUGUGAUUUUAUAAUUCAUACAAGAGAUCCUUCAAAGGUUUUUGGCAAAAUAAAAAAAUUGUACAGACAUUCAUUUAGGAACAAUGUGUACACCUGGGUACUGCUGGAUCGUUUUCCAUUAGCAGAACAAUGUGGACUAUUUUGGUUUUCUGAAAACAAGACUUUAAUGACAAAUCUUUGCCUGUUGAGUGACAUAAGCGAUCCACUUGUUUCUGCUGUCGAAGAGGACAAUCGUUAGUUUUUGAAUGUAUGAUUAAAUUAGUGAUAACAUCUAUCGUACAUAAGGAUCACCACACAUAAGAAUUUUAGGAUGUGCCUGUGCCUAAUAUGCAGGAUACCUUUGUGUUUUUAAAACUUCCUAGAUAAAAUAAAUAAAUUUUUCAUGGACUGUAUAAAGUGUGCACUUGCUUUCACAGUCAUGACAGUGUAGGAUAUCUGUAGUUUUAAAUUUUCCUAAAUUAAUGAAUAAUUUUGAUGGGAACAACUUUAAAUUGAUAUAAGCCUCUUGAUGUAUACAUUAACAGUUUAAAAUUUAUUCAGAUAUUUCUAAAUGAAAUGAAUAACUUUUUGUGGCAAUCAAAAUGUAUGCCUGUACCUUGUGCUGGGUACUUUUGCUGUUUCAAAUUUUCUUAAUUUAAAUACUUCAUUUUUAUAAUUGAAUAAGAUAUAUCUGUCUCUUGUGUGGGGUACUUUUUGAUAUUAUUUUUUCCUGAUCAUAUAAACUACCGGUAUAUGUAAAUAACAAAAGAUAAUAAAAACACCUUCUCAACACUUUAUUUUUUAAGGGGAAAUUGCAUGAAUCUCUAUGUAUGAAAUAAGACCAUUUGUUUUUCUGAGAGCUGUUUAAUAAUAAUAACAAAUAUCUUUGUUAUGCCUUAUUGAUAUUGAUUAUUAAUAAAAGAAUAGCGUGUAUUUCUAUUUAAAUGCAUGACUUAGCAGAAGUUGAAGUGAAUUAAUUUAUUUAAUAAAAUUCCAUUUUGAAAUUAAUAGAAUUUGAAGAAUUUGUGGAAACUAUUCAUAUCCUGGAUUUGCUUUGUGCUGUAUUUUAACUGUUUUAAAUUUUAACACAAAUUUUGUUUAGUUUAAAGAGUAAA